CCGCCCGCACAGUUGCCUCUAUAGUAUAGAUACGCUGUCGCCGCCGACGCCGGUGUCUCGUGUCGUGUGUCGCGUUUACAUGCUGUCUUGUCGUAUAUUAUCUUAUUAUAAUAUACCGUGAUAAUAUAAUAGUAACGAUAGUAAAAUUAAAAAUAAAUUACGACUAUUGCAGAAUAAUUCGGGGUUUUUUUUUUGAAUUUCAAAUGUUUUUCUCGCGAUUUAAAUUUUAAUAAAAAGAAAAAAAAAUUUAAAAAAAAUUUAAUUACGAAAAACUACAAUUCGCAUCACGCAAUAUUGUCAUCUUUUGAAAAAAAAAAAUUGUCACAUCGUAUAUUUUUGGAAUUUUCAAGCCAUAAUAUAUAUUAUAUUAUAUUCAAAGAGAUAAAAUCAAAAUUUAACGUCCAAUUCGUCGUUUUAUGACAUCGUUGCGAAUUCCCACAUAAAAUCAUGUCGGCUACCAAGGAACAAGAGCAGGGGAGCGACAGCCAGCAUGGAGAAACAGAUGAGUUCUUCCAGUCGGCACCGACGUCGGGUCCUGCGAGUCACGUCCAACAAUCGAUCCGACGAAGAGGUGGCAUAUCGGCUGAGCACGUUUCUGAAGAAGAAGCUACUAGCUAUGUCAAGAAAGUAGUACCAAAAGAUUAUAAAACAAUGGCUGCUUUAUCAAAAGCCAUAGCCAAAAACAUAUUGUUCUCUCAUCUAGACGAGAACGAACGGUCGGAUAUAUUCGACGCAAUGUUCCCCGUCACGUUUCUACAGGGCGAAUCUAUUAUUCAACAGGGUGACGAGGGAGACAAUUUUUAUGUAAUUGAUGUUGGUGAAGUCGAGGUGUACGUAAAUUCGGAACUGGUGACAGUGAUCGGUGAAGGUGGAAGUUUUGGAGAGCUGGCUUUGAUCCAUGGUACACCGAGAGCUGCCACGGUACGUGCUAAGACUGACAUGAAGCUCUGGGGCUUGGAUCGAGACAGUUACAGAAGAAUACUUAUGGGGUCGACGAUCCGAAAGAGGAAAAUGUAUGAAGAAUUCUUGUCACGCGUCUCUAUUCUAGAGAGUCUAGACAAAUGGGAGAGACUGACCGUGGCCGAUGCCCUGGAACCCGUAUCGUUCGAUGACGGCGAAACGAUUGUCAGACAAGGCGAACAAGGAGACGAUUUUUACAUAAUCGUCGAAGGAACGGCGCUCGUCCUACAGCAGAGGGUUGAAGGAGAGACUUUGAUCGAAGUUGGCAGACUCGCACCGUCCGACUAUUUUGGUGAAAUUGCACUGUUACUAGACCGUCCACGAGCAGCGACUGUCGUCGCCAAUGGUCCGCUGAAGUGUGUGAAACUCGAUCGGGCCAGGUUUGAAAGAGUGUUGGGCCCAUGUGCUGACAUAUUAAAAAGGAACAUCACACAAUAUAACAGCUUCGUAUCCUUAUCCGUAUAGGAUUUAUAUACAUAUACAACGAACAAUAAUAUUAUUAUUUGUUUUCAUUUUCAAAACUAUUAUUGGUUAUUAUUUUAUUAUUAUAAAUUUUCGUUGCAGUGUUGUAUACUAUUAGGCAAUUAUGAUUAAAUCAAAUUUCGUAAUUAUAAUUUUUGUUUUGUUAACGCGCUAUUAUUAUUAUUUUUAUUAUUAUUAUUAUUAUUAUUAUGUGGAUAAAAAUUGUAAAAAAAAAAGGACAUGCAAUAUCAAUAAUAUAAAUUAUUGUUACAAGUCAUUUUAAAACUAACAUUUAUGAAACAUUGUCAGUCAGAAACGAAAUAGUAAGUCGUCAUAUAUGUAGUUCUUUUUGUUUUUCGUUUUCUUCCUUUAUGUUUAACUAGUUGAUCGGCUCAACUGACUUAAAACCACAAGAAUAUAUACUGUUCAUAUAAUGUUUAAUUAUUAUUAUUAUUAUUAUUACAUAUUAUACGCUACUAUCGCAUAUUAUUUCUACUGCGUUUUCUCCACUACCAUAGUCAACGGUCGGUUAAAGGGUUAACAGUUAUACAUUAUUCAAUAUUUAUAUAUAUUUUUUGUAUUCAAAUAACGCUGUUGACAUUUUGCAUUUAAAUGUGUUGUAUACAACAAAAGUUAAUCGACUACGUAACGUAUUGUUCCACUAAAUAGUAUAGAGAUGAUUUUAAUUGUAUUAUGUAUGUUAUAUGUUUACAUUUUUUUUUCCGUUUUAUGAAACCAGAUGUGUGCCGAUAUCUUAAUUGUUUCGAAAAGUAAAAUUAUGUAUUUUAUACACCUGUAUAAGUCAAGCACUUUGAAGAGUCGAUUAAAAAAAAAGUCAAGAAAUAUUUGUUUCCGACAAUAA